CAACUUUUCGAUCUGCCAGCGAAGUGUCGCAUUCUCCAGUCAGGCGUUUCUUUCGCACAUCAAUCAGAAGGCUUACAAUUUGUGGACGGGAACUCGCCAUGUUCGACUACGAGUUUCGAGGACGUCGGGAUCGGGAUCGCGGCGAUCAUGAUCGCAGCCGAGACCGUGACCAUGAUCGUUACAGACCGCAAGGCAAUGAUCACGACCGGAGGAGACCACCACAUCAAUUCACCUUUCGCUUCCCUCCAACCUGGGACCGCCCUCUACUAUCUCGGAGGCGUGAAACCACACCGGAGCUCCUGGUUGGUCAAGUCGAUGGCCCAGAUAAACCGCAGCUCAAGUUCGCAAACCCCGAAGAACUGACUGACAGCGACGAGGCCGAGAUGGACGAGUCUGCGUCUUCUGGCGACGACAACCCGCCCCGAAAAAGACGCGCCCUAGAAUCUGCCGUCAGCAAUACGAUUGAAGGACCCAAAUGGUCGAAUCCGGAUCCAUACACAGUGCUACCUCCUUCCGACGAGCCUCAGAACAAGCGGGUAGAUGUUGUCAAACUUAUUCGCAAGGCCCGUCUUGCUGCCACUGCGCCGACGAGUAAUGAGGCGGUUACUACAAAUGAAGACUAUAUAUCCUUCGAUAUGGAUGACGGCGACCUCGUGGACGAAAACCUACCUCCAGAAAAUGCUCCUACCGGGCCAAGGGCACUACGAAUGCGUCCCAACGAACCUGUCGCAGGGAAAAAGCGUACACGAGAUGAUGAGGUGAAGGUAUUUACAGGAAAAUUCGGAAAGGUCGGGUACACUUCAAAAGGUGAUAUUGUUAGUGUGUGGCAAGCUGAUCCAUCUGAUAAUGCAAGUCCCUGGCUCGAGCUGAUGGAGCCUACACUACACCUCGGCACUAGACUUCACAACGAGAUUUUAGCGUUCUAUGACUGGGUCAAGCCACGCCCGUAUGAGGACAUGAUUCGGCAAGACCUUGUUAGUAGGAUACAGAAGGUAUUUGAUGCGCAACCAAAGUUUCGGGGCAUGGAAGUACAGCCAUUUGGAUCUUUUGCGUCAGGCCUCUAUCUCCCUGUUGCCGACAUGGACUUGGUUUUGCUUUCACCCAGUUUUAUACGUAAUGGGAGGGAAACCUUUAUUCCACGUAGACGGGGCCAUAGCAGCCAAGUCUCAAUAUAUGAAAUAGCCAGGGUUUUGGAGAGGUCUGGCGUUGUUGCUUCAAGCUCUAUGGAGAUAAUUGCAGGCGCUAGAGUCCCUAUUCUCAAAUGGGUUGAUCGUUUGACUGGCUUGAAAGUUGAUAUGUCGUUUGACAACGAUAGCGGCAUUCGUGCCAUUCAGACUUUCCAGAAAUGGAAACAAGCAUACCCAAUGAUGCCCGCUGUUGUUGCCAUUAUCAAGCAGUUCCUACUAUUGCGUGGCUUGAAUGAGGUACCAACUGGCGGCUUGGGAGGAUUUUCAAUUAUCUGUCUGGUUGUCAGUCUCUUGCAACAUACGCCUCACUCGUUGGAUGGGAAAGGCCCCUCUCUGGGCAGCAUUUUGAUGGACUUUUUUGAUUUCUACGGAAACAAAUUCGAUUUUUCAUCGGUUGGGAUUCGACUGGAGCCUCCGGGAUUUUUCAACAAGAUUGUCUAUAGCCAAGAUAGGAAACCACGAUUAUCUAUUGAGGAUCCUAACAAGCCGGAUAACGACAUAUCUGUUGGAACCAAAGAGAUUGAUUUGAUUUUCAAAAGCUUUUCCAGGGCAUAUUAUGCAUUGAAAACUCGAAUGCAGCACUUGGCAAUUUCGCAGCAUCAGACUAAUAUUUCAUUUCUGGACACAAUCUUAUCGGCGUGCUAUGAUGAAUAUGCAGAGCAGCGAUCUCAAUUACGCACAAUUUUUGAGACAGAACCUAGAUUUGCACCUCAUCUGCGACUUCUGACGCCUCCACCUCCGCCACCUGAUGGUCCAUCAGAAUCGGAAUAUGAUCCAGAGGAUGCUCCCGUUCCACCUCCACCGCCUUCCGUUCCAGCUACAGCAGCUUCCGGUUUGACUGCUAAGGAAACGAGUGCUGUCAACUCGUCUAAAAAGAAGGACGGCAAGAAAUCUCCGAAACGCCAGGAUAGAGAGGAGAAAAAACCGUCCAAAAAGGAUAAAAAAGCGAAAUCUGCACGAGAGCGAGCAAUGUGUCUUCGAAUUCUACUCCCAGACAGGGCUUCGGCAAUCAAAGAUCAGAUCGGUCACAAUGAAGCGUUCGAAUUUAGUGGCUAUGAAGAUUCUCGUAAAUUUUGGAGCGACAUGGCUAAGGUGAAGAUAAAGACUUCAACGGCCUAGUAGUGAGGUGCAUUUAUCGUCCUAGCUCUGUUCUGCUUUUUUGCAUCAUAAAGGAGUUGGAGGCUUGGUGUUGGUUUUCAUUAUAUUUUUGAGUCUGAUGAGCUUCUGUCUUUUCCAAUUACGAGAUACCAUGACGUUUGUUCUAGCGGAGUUAUAAAGGCGAGGAAGGUCACAUUUUAUUCUUUUUGUCUUGAGUUUCGCUUGUGGAUGCUACUCACAUACCGGGCGACUUUUUUACAGAUAUCCGCUUCUAACCAGAAAUUCGAUACAGCUCAAUCAUCAACAACGUUCC